UGUUGUUGUUUCCGGAAGUGGUGGUCUGCGGAGGAUGGAGUCGGAGGGCUGCCGGGUGGCCUUCGAGAAGGACGGGGUUUUCCUGCACACCAGCGCCAAGCGCCACCCGGAUCAGGACUCGCUCAUCCCGGGGGUCAUCCGCAUCCUCGAGAAGGGCUCAGAGCACCUGCUGCAGUGGACGCCCCUGGAGGAAGGUGGUGAUGGUGCCCAGAUUGUUUUCUCCAAGAAGGAGCCCCCGGGCGCGGCUGAGGAGGAGCCCUUCGAUCCAGGCUACGAACCUGACUGGGCCGUGAUCAGCACUGUGAGGCCCUGCAGGCCGCAGGAGGAGCCCCCAGGCUCUGUGCCCCCGCCCAGCCCCCGGGCGCAGUGGGCCUUCACGCUCAGCCUGUCCGAGCUGCAGUCCAUCCGCCGGAGUCGGCCGGGCCUGGGCUGGUCCUACCUCAUCUUCAUCAGCCGGGACAGUGGGUCCCUGCCCGCCCUCCACUUCCACCGCGGGGGCAGCAAGGCCCUGCUGCGGGCGCUCUGCAAGUACCUCGUCCUGGCCAUCUCCCCCAAGGACUCCCGGCUUUACCUGGUCUGCAGCCAUGACUCGUAUGCGCUCUCACAUGCCUUCGACGAGCUGCAGCUGUUUGACGAGAACUCCUCCAACCUGGUGUCGCGUUUCCUGCAGGACCCCUACACUGCCACUUUCGGGGGCUUCUCCAAAGUCACCAGCUUUUUCCGUGGGGCCCUGCACCAUGAGGCCGGCAGCGCCCUGCGGCCUCCGGGCGCCACCGCCGCCACCAGCCUGGAGGAUGAGCCAGGCUUUGAGGUCAUCACGUGCCAGGUGCAGCUGGGGCCGCGGCCGGCCGUGUGCCGGGAGGCCCCGAUGACGGAGCAGGAGUGGGGGCAGCACCUGGACCCCGAGGGGCGCAUCACCCACCUGGACAGGCUCAAGAGUCGGAUCUUCGCUGGGGGCCUCAGCCCAGCUCUGCGCAAGGAGGCCUGGAAGUUCCUGCUGGGCUACUACAGCUGGGAGAGCAGCAGCGAGGAGAACCGGGCCCAGGCCCGGCGCCGAACGGACGAGUAUUUCCGCAUGAAGCUGCAGUGGAAGUCGGUGAGCGAGGAGCAGGAACGGCGGAACUCCCUGCUGCGCGGCUACCGCAGCCUCAUCGAGCGGGACGUGAGCCGCACGGACCGGAGCAACAAAUUCUACCAGGGCAGCGAGAACCCGGCACUGGUCCUGCUCCACGACGUGCUCAUGACGUACUGUGUGUACAACUUUGACCUGGGCUACGUGCAGGGCAUGAGCGACCUGCUGUCCCCCGUCCUCUACGUCACCCAGAAUGAAGUUGAUGCCUUCUGGUGCUUCGCGGGUUUCAUGGAGCUGGUGCACCAUAACUUCGAGGAGAGCCAGGAGAGCAUGAAACGGCAGCUUGGCCAGCUGGGGCUGCUGCUGCGCGUGCUGGAUCCGCCGCUCUGCGACUUCCUGGACUCGAAGGAAUCCGGCUCCUUGUGUUUCUGCUUCCGGUGGCUCCUGAUCUGGUUCAAACGGGAAUUCGCCUUCGAGGACGUGCUGCAGCUCUGGGAGGUGCUGUGGACGGGGCUGCCCUGCCCCAGCUUCCACCUGCUGGUGGCCUGUGGGAUCCUGGACUCGGAGCGCGAGGCCCUAAUGAACUCGGGGUUCGGCUUCAGCGAGAUCCUCAAGCACAUCAAUGAGCUGACGAUGAAGAUGAGUGUGGAGGAGACGCUGAGCCGGGCCGAGGCUCUGUACAGACAGCUGGCGGCCAGCCCUGAGCUGCCACGGAAUGUGCAGGAUCUUCUGGGGCUGGGGGGGCCCAAGGGGGGUAGCCCCCCAGCUAGCCCACCUCAGCCCCUCUCGCCCAGCCAGGCCGCGGAGCUGGAGCUGACGGGCAGCGUCUCAUGCCCCCAGCCCGACAGCAGCAUCGAGAUCCUGCCCCCCGAAGAGCCCCCCAUGGCUCGGAGCCCCCUGCCCUGAGCCAGAUGCCGGGGUCCACCAGCCACUGCCACCUCUUCACACAGCACUUUAAUGGGGGGGGGUGUCUGCUGAGGGGUAUCAGGAUGCCCGUGGGGGGCAUCGGGGCCAGACUUUGUUCCCAGGGUGUACUGGGUUCUGCUCCCGUCCCCGCAAGCCGGACUCCUGGGUUCCAGCCCCGGCUCUGUCGAGGGAGGGUUUUCUGUCACCCCACUGGCCCGGGCCCAUGAUCCUGGGCGGAGGCCUGGGCCUGACUCCGGUGCCAUGUGGGGGAGCAGCAGCCUCGGGGGGCCCCUGCCCGGCCCCUGCUGCCUGUGAGUAUCCUGAGGUGGAUGGGGAGGGGGCAGCAUGGGAGCCAGGACUCCUGGGUUCUCUGCAGGCCCAACCCCUGUGCCCCUAGGGCUGCUCUUCACCCCAGCCCCGGGGGGCCCCCAUUGCUGCCCGGGGGCUUGCUGCUUUUGGCCAUGUACAGAUCCCGAGGGGUGGGGGGUCCCUGCUCCCCCCUGACACUGACCCCCUCUAACAGCAGCUGUCCAGGGGUGCCCUGCCCCCACCUCCCACUUGCUUUGUAAUGUACAUUAAACACUCGUUUACCAAA